AUGCAGUGUUAUACUGAACUGAUACCGCCUACUGGCGUCACACAUGCGCUUGCAGUACCAUUCACCUCCUCAAAGGGUGACGACCUCCUUGUGGCCCGAACGUCUCUGCUGCAGAUUUUCCGCUGCAAGCAGAAUAACCAUGGUUCAGAAACCAAGCUUGUCCUGGUGGCCGAAUACAAUCUCGCCGGCACCAUCACAUCAUUAGGGCGUGUAAAGAUUCCGAACUCUAAAAGUGGUGGGGAUGCCGUGCUUGUUGCCUUCAGGGAUGCUAAAUUGAGUCUGAUCGAAUGGGAUCCCGCGCUGCAUAGCAUAUCUACCCUGUCAAUACAUUACUACGAACAUCAUGAUCUCCAGUCUAUCCCGUGGCAGCCUGAUCUUUCCAAAUGUGUCAGCCAUCUGACAGUCGAUCCAUCUAGUAGAUGCGCGGCUUUCAACUUCGGCGUCAGUAAUCUCGCCAUUAUACCCCUUCACCAAGUCAGAGAUGAGCUGGCGAUGGACGAAUUUGAUGAGGUUGAUGGAGAGGUCAAGGAACGGCUAUCCCCGGAUGGACAGAAUGAGAACAAACACGACAGUCCAGAUACGCCUUUCAAGCCCUCGUUCGUUUUGCCUCUCACAGCCCUUGACCCGGGCCUGCUGCAUCCUGUUGAUAUGGCGUUCCUUCACGAAUACCGGGAUCCAACCGUUGGGAUACUGUAUUCGACCGCUGCACGCUCGUCCAAUAUGAAUCAUGAGCGUCGAGACGUCACCAUAUAUGCUGUGUAUGCUCUUGAUAUCGGACAAAAGGCAUCCACCGCACUGCAGUCGGUCCAAAAGCUGCCAAAUGAUCUGUAUCGGGUCAUGGCACUUCCACCUCCUGUUGGCGGCGCUCUCCUGAUCGGAGGGAAUGAGCUGAUUCACAUCGACCAGAGCGGCAAAACCAUUGCAAUUGCUGUUAAUGAGCUGGCGAAAGAGGCAUCUUCCUUCCCCAUGGCCGAUCACGCCAACUAUCGGCUGAAACUGGAGGGAUGCCAGAUCGAACACUUGGGCAACCCAAGCGGUGAUAUGCUUGUCAUUCUGAAAACUGGCGAGCUGGCCCUUUUGUCGUUCCGAAUGGACGGUCGUAUGGUUUCGAGUAUGGCUCUUCGCAGAGUCGGCGAAGGACAAUCGCAGGGCUUGGCACUGGGUGCAUCUACUUGCAGCACGAACCUCGGUUCAAACAGGCUAUUUAUUGGUAGCGAAGAGUCAGACUCUAUCCUGCUAGCCACUGGCAGGAAGACCACACAACUCAGGCGAACAAACUCACGGAUUCAAUCUCAAGCCGACGAUGCCGGGCUUUUCGAUGAUAACGAGGAGGAUGGGAUCGAAGACGAAGAUGAUCUCUAUGCAGAACUGGCUGAUGAACUCAACGGCAACGCAUCAACUGAUGUCAGUGGCCACAAUUUCCGAUUGUUGGACCGGUUGCCAUCUAUAGCACCAAUCAACGAUGUCGCCCUAGCGAAUGUGGGGAAGCGGCGAGCGGAAGAGAGCGAGGUGACUCGCCAAGAGCUCGCUGUUGCUUAUGGACGGGGUCACGCAGGCGGCCUCGCAUUUCUCAGUCGGAAGCUUGAGCCCAGUGUGACCAGGCAGAUCAAGUUCGAAAGACCCAUAGGAGUUUGGUGUUUCAGUAGCGGCAAUAGAGGCCAGCAAGGUGCAGAAGAGGAAAAUUUUGACGACCUUGUAAUGAUCUCACAAACGACCGAUGACGGUGCUGGAAGGACCAAACUGCUUCGACUGAUUGAUGGAGACCUGAAUUCUAUGGGCGAGUCAGAAUUCGAUGAAUCAGCCGGAGCGGCAAUCGGGGUUUUCAAACUAGAGGCCACCAACCACACCAUUCAAGUCCUUCCAACUGAGCUUCGAGUUUAUGAUGCUGGAUUUGCUUUGUCCCAAAUAUUCCCGAUUGUGGACGAGGAAGAAGGACAAACGGCCAGAGCAGUCAAAGUCAGCUUCGUCGAUCCGUACUUGGUUGUGGUCAAGGAUGAUGGUUCCAUGUCUUUAUUGAAGGCGGACAAGGCCGGUGAAUUGGACGAAGUAGAAUUACCCGAGAACCUGAGGGCCUGGUCAAUACUAUCUGCGACACUGUACCAGGAUACAGACGAUAUGUUCCAGACGUCGAGGUUCUACAACGGUACAGCAACACCUGGGCCGAUCCUGACCAUUUUGACACAAGACGGGCAUUUUUGCCUCUUGUCAUUACCGAAUGUCAGCAUACAGGUGUUUCAGUGCGACAGCUUACCAUUCCUCCCAACCCAUCUCAUGCAGGAUCUACAGCUUCCCAAGCAUUGGAGAAACAAGGAUGAUCUUGGCGAAGUGUUGCUAGCAGACCUUGGGAACAGCACAGACCGCCAACCAUAUUUGGUCGUUCGGAACUUGGUGGGAGAUGUCAUUAUCUAUGAAUCCUUUGCAAUGCCCGAUGUUCUCGGAAGCUUCAGAUUCAAGAAAGUCUUUACAAAGGCUGCGGGCGAGCUCGAGGACGGCGAAGAGGUAGGGCAGCCAUCGACACUGCAACCCAUGCAAGCUGUGACGAAUGUCGCCGGCCACGCUUCAGUGUUUAUCCCAGGCCGUCAGCCCUUGCUGAUUAUGCGGGAAGCUUCGACAAUGCCUCGUGUAUAUGAACUGAACCCGACCAAGCUCAAAUCAAUGAACUCCGUCCACACAGGAACUUGUCGACAAGGAUUAGUCUUGGUUGACGCCGACGAUGAGAUCAAGUUCUGCAAUAUUCCGGAUUCAACAGUCCUUGGCCUGUCAGAUUGGGUCAUUAGAAGGGUUCCGCUGGGGCAGGACAUCACCUCAGUAGCAUACUUUGCACCCACCGACUCGUAUAUCCUGGCAACAAACCACACGACUGAAUUCCAGCUUCCCCAAGAUGACGAGUGGCAUCCAGAAUGGCAGGGCGAAGCAACAAAGUUUUUGCCCAGCUCGAUACAAAGCAGUCUGAAACUUCUCAGCGCGAAGACACAUUCGAUUAUCAGUCAGUACAGUUUCGACGCUUGCGAGAGGGUGCUAUGCUUGGAAAGUCUCAAUCUAGAAGUCUCUGAAGAGACCCACGAACGGAAAGACUUGAUCGUCGUGGGGACGGCGAUUGUAAAAGGAGAGAAUGUCACCACAAGAGGCAAUCUCUACAUAUUUGAUGUGGUGGAUGUGGUUCCGGAGCCAGACCGCCCUGAGUCGGACCUCAAAAUCAAGCUGAUCACAAAAGAAGACGUCCGCGGGGCUGUGAGCGCCUUGUGUGAUAUAGGCUCGCAGGGCUUUCUACUGGCUGCGCAAGGCCAGAAAUCCAUGGUACGGGGACUGAAGGAGGACAUGUCGAUUCUACCGGUUGCCUUCCUAGACAUGCGGUAUUACGUACACGUGGCCAGAGAGUUGCCCGGGACCGGUUUGUGUAUUCUCGGUGACGCCUUCUCCGGGCUCUGGCUGGUGGGCUACUCCGAGGAACCGUACAAGUUGCAAAUCUUGGGCCGAGACCUUGAAGAUCCACCGGUUCUGGCUGCCGAGUUCCUCCCGGAUGGCAAACAAUUGUAUAUCAUCUCAUCGGACGACGAUGGACUUCUGCGAGUGUUGCAAUAUGACCCAGAAAACCCCAAAGCGGAGCGCGGGACGAAGUUGCUGCUUCGAAGCACCUUCCACAGUGGCGCCGCGCCUACUAAGAUGAUCCUUCUCCCGCCGCAGGUCGCGUCCGGCCGUGGGCGAGACCCCGAAAUCGACAUGGACGUCGACAGCGGUGCCGGUCCUGCAGCGGGACGGCAUCGGAUCCUGGUCACCACUCAGGAGGGGUCUCUCUGCAUGCUGACGCCGCUUUCCGAGGCAACCUACCGCCGUCUAUCAGCUCUGCAGACUACCCUCUUGACGACGCUGGACUUCCAUCCGUGCAGCCUGAACCCGCGGGCAUAUAGGCAGGUGGAGACAGACGGUAUUGGGGGGCGAGGCAUCAUCGACGGCAACUACGUGCAACGAUGGUGGGAAACGAGUACGCAACAGAGGGUCGCGAGCGCCGACAAGGCCGGAGCAAGUGUCUGGGAGGUCAGGGCGGAUAUGGAUUUGAUCAGUUGUCGCGACUUGGAGUUUAGAUAG